GUCCACGUCGCAGCGCGCCGACGCAACGGUGCGCCACUUCCUGCCGGCCUUCCGGCAAAGCCCCGCCUCUUGGGCGGUUGCCUGGCAACUCUUUCAGCCGGUGCCGGAGCAGGCCGCAGCCUGCCUAAGCAGCGCCCUGGUCGGUAGAAGCCGCCGCCGCCGCCAUGACCUCGCUGCGAGCUUUCACGUGCAACGACCUCUUCCGCUUCAACAACAUCAAUUUGGACCCUCUUACAGAGACUUAUGGGAUUCCAUUUUACUUACAGUACUUGGCUCACUGGCCAGAAUAUUUUAUUGUUGCAGAAGCACCUGGUGGAGAGUUAAUGGGUUACAUUAUGGGGAAAGCUGAAGGUUCAGUGGCCAGAGAGGAGUGGCAUGGCCACGUGACGGCCCUCUCUGUUGCGCCUGAAUUUCGCCGGCUGGGUUUGGCUGCUAAACUAAUGGAGCUGCUCGAGGAAAUAUCAGAAAGAAAGGGUGGAUUUUUCGUGGACCUCUUUGUAAGAGUGUCAAAUCAAGUUGCUGUGAAUAUGUACAAACAACUGGGCUACAGUGUGUAUAGAACAGUGCUAGAAUAUUACUCUGCCAGCAAUGGGGAGCCUGAUGAAGAUGCUUAUGACAUGAGGAAAGCCCUGUCUCGAGACACGGAGAAGAAAUCAAUUAUACCGUUACCUCAUCCUGUCAGACCGGAAGACAUCGAAUAAGCCGAGGCUGGCUAUUUAUACAGAGGGCUGAAAUAACAUUUGGCGACAGCUGGAAACACUUUCAGAGAUGCUCCAGCAUCUUUAAAAAAAAAUGUAACGAGGGGCUUUAGAGCAAUGAAGAAAGAAUCUGCAGAUGUGAACUUUUGUUUUUAGGCUUUUUGGCAACAUCUUCUAAUGUUGCUGAUGUAGAGCAGACUUACGACUGAAAUAUUUUUUCACUGUUAAUUAAACCAUAAAUCUCAGUUGUUUUGAACGAUUACAAAACUUUCAGUUCAGAUGAAAUGUCACAUCAUCUUACAGGGACUGGCACCUUAAAGUAAAUAAAUAAAUGGAAGCAGUUGAGUCAAACCUACAUGUCUAUAAACAUCUCCAUUUUCUGAUGCUCAUAAAUUCCCGCCUCUGUAGCUGGUGUGACCCACACAUACUCGGAAGCCCUGCAGCUGUUCUCUCUCUGGUAUUUCCUGUUUUGGACACAGAGCAUAACUCCUUCCAGUGAAUGGUUAAAGUGACGAGUGGAUUCUUCAGCACCUACCAGCUUCAGCAAGCCUCUAGUUCCAAUCAAACUACUAGAUUGCAUCAAUCAGCUUUUCUCCAUUGUUAAAUGAAACACUGAAGAGCACAAUGGACAGUUUGUUGUUAUUGUUGCGAACCUUUUUAAACUUUUCAAGAUGUUU